GUGAGCAGUCCAUAUAAAAGUUUUGUGAUUGCAAUAUAUCUAAUUGACGGUAUCUCUUCAGUUUGUAGAACAAAAAAUUAUCUAAUUUUAUCUAGUAAAUUUCAGAGAGAGAGAGAGAGAGAGAGAGAGAAUAAAAAAUACAAGAAAACGCGCAUGUAACUGAGGCAACGCAUGUGCACAUGCGUCGAUAAAAGGAAGAGAGAUCUUUGACAAUUUGAGGGAGGAGAAAGACAGCAGAAAGAGAUAGUUUGGAAACAGCAAUGGAUAAAGUUUUUAGAUCGUUCCAUACGAGCCGGCCGGCAUUAUAUAGAACAUUGACAAACGAGCAAUGUACGCAGACAUUCAAUAAACUUUUUACGAAGCAAAAUGUACCUACAAUCAGUAGAAUGUUACUGGCGCAAGAAUAUUCAACAAUUCUCCCUGUUGGCGUUAGACACUUACAUGGUGAUGGAACAGUUUGUACACUAUCUCCUAAACACAGUCCUCUGAUACAUAGCCAACAAAGACGUAAUAUGUUUAUCCAAACGCAAGAUACACCGAACCCGAAUAGUUUGAAAUUUAUCCCAGGAGUGUCAGUAUUGGGAGAAGGAUGUACGAAAGACUUUCCAAGUGCUAAGGAUGCAUAUUGCUCGCCACUUGCAAAAAUGUUAUUUCGUAUCGAGGGAGUGAAAGCCAUAUUUUUCGGACCUGACUUCAUCACAGUUACGAAAGUCGAUGAGGACGUAGAAUGGAAGUUGUUGAAGCCAGAGAUAUUUGCUACCAUUAUGGAUUUUUUUGCAAGCGGAUUGCCAGUCAUGGAUGAAGCUUCCCAACCUGCAGCGGAUACACAAAUUAAUACGGAAGAUGAUGAGGUUGUUCAGAUGAUAAAGGAAUUAUUGGAUACACGAAUACGUCCUACAGUACAGGAAGAUGGUGGUGACAUUGUAUUUAUGGGUUUCGAGGAGGGUAUUGUGAAAUUGAAAAUGCAAGGUUCGUGUACUAAUUGUCCAAGCUCAGUAGUAACAUUGAGGAACGGUGUACAAAAUAUGAUGCAAUUCUACAUCCCUGAAGUACUCGGAGUUAUACAAGUAGAGGACGAGACAGACAAGAUUGCCGAAAAAGAAUUUCAGAAAUUCGAACAAAACAAGAAAAUGGAAGAAAAUAAAGACAAAUAGAAUUGUAAUUAAUCAUUUGUAUACGAUAGUGGACUUGUACACGUUAUCUUAUAAUUCUGUAUAGAAUUAUAUUGUAGACAUUGUAUAUUAUAUAUUAAGUGUAAAUAAUAAGACUUAU